UCCCACAUUAUCUAAACACCAUUCUCUAGUGGCCAUGGCUGCUAUCUUCACAAUCUCAUGGCAGUUCUCCUUCCUUCCUCCCUCCACCACUCUCAAUCAAAACCACCUCAAACCCUUAAACCCAUUUCUUCUCUCUCCUCUAACCCCAAAAUUCAAUCUUUAACCUCAAAAAAGAGGGAUUUUAUCUUCCAAUCAAUUUCUCUCUGCAUUGCUUCAUUAAUCCUUGAAACCCCAUCUGCCAUUUCUGCAACUGAAGCUCCUCCUCCUUCAAAAUCGAUUCUUUCGGGUAUUUUGAACACUAAAUCAUGGUUUCAGUUUUUUGGUGAUGGGUUUUCCAUUCGUGUUCCUCCUGAAUUUCAGGACGUUAUGGAACCUGAGGAUUUUAAUGCUGGGUUGUCCCUUUAUGGAGAUAAGGCAAAGCCAAAGACUUUUGCUGCACGGUUUGCCUCUUUUGACGGGUCUGAGGUAGUAAGUGUAAUUAUCAAGCCAUCCAACUCAUUGAAAAUUACAUUCUUAGAGGCUCAGGACAUUACUGAUAUAGGCUCUCUAAAAGAAGCAGCAAAGAUUUUCAUUCCAGGUGGGUCAUCACUGUAUUCCGCACGAACUAUUAAAAUAAAAGAAGAGGAUGGUUAUAGGACAUACUAUUUCUACGAGUUUGGCAGAGAUGAACAACAUGUUGCACUUGUAGCUGCUGUUAAUGGAGGAAAGGCAUUUGUUGCUGGAGCGACUGCCCCACAGUCUAAGUGGGAUAGCGAUGGUGUAAAACUUCGCAGUGCUGCCUUGUCUCUGACGCUGUUGUAGUCCUACUUUGACAACUGAGGUUUAGCUUUGUUUAUUAUCAUCUUAAGACUGGAGUCAUUACAUUUUGCUUGAAAGUCAGUUCCUUUUGUUCCCCUUCUUGGUGAUACAGUAGGUCAGUACCUAUGAUCUGGGCAGUGUGGGCAUAUUGUAAUUGUACAUCAUAUUCAAAAUAUCAUUGUUAGGGUGUUUGCAUGUCUUGUUCGAGUAUGUUGUAGAAAUUCUGUUACAGGCAACAUACAACUAGAGGUUCAUGGAUUAUAAUUAAUAUUGUGCAUAAUUGCAUGUUCUUUACAUUUGUAUUCGCGUGCAAGAUUUUACAUGCACUUUGAUGAAGAGACUUGUUCCUGGAUUAAUGUAAUACAGUAUUAGUAAUAUUCUUUGUGUUUUAAUCGAAAA